AGGAGGAGGAGGAGGAUGGAGGAGGAGGCGGCGGCGGCGGCGGGUGUGGAGGUGGUGGCGCUGCGGUCUCUGGGGCUCGGCUUCGACCUCGCCUGCGACUUCCGCCUCCGCUUCGCCAAGCCCUUCCCCGGCGACGGCGGCGGCCGCCUCGUCCAGCUCGACGAGAGGGACACCCACGACAUCCCCUUCCCCGGCGGGCCCACCAUCCCCGGCGUCUCCCGCGACAUCGGCUGCGACAAGGGCGACCGCACCCGCUUCCGCUCCGACGUCCUCGAAUUCAACCAGAUGUCCGAACUUCUCAAUCAAAAAUCUUCAGUACAAGGGAAAGUUCCUUCGGGCUAUUUUAAUACUCUUUUUGAUUUGAGUGGAACGUGGCUUGCGGAUGCCAAAGAGACCAAAUGUCUUGCUUUUGAUGGUUACUUCAUUUCAUUGUAUAAUUUACACUUAAGGGCUUCUCCAUUAGUCCUUCGAGAUGAAGUGAAAAGGGCAGUUCCACCUAAGUGGGAUCCCGUGGCACUAUCUAGGUUCAUCAGGACCUAUGGAACGCACAUAAUAGUUGAGGUAGCAGUGGGAGGUCAGGAUGUGGUAUGUGUUAGACAGAGUCAUUCUUCAACUAUUUCCUCAGCCGAGCUUAAAAUAUAUCUUGAAGACCUUGGUGACUUCUUAUUCUCUGAUGGGAGAAGUCUUUCUCCAAUCCAUAGAAAGACCAGAGAAGGCAAGAAUAAGGUGCCUGAGGUAUUCCAUAGAAUCUUGCAGUCAAACAACUUGCAACUGGCUAUGUAUACAGAAACUUCGAACAAGGAUGGCCUAACGGUUAUUUGCUCAAAAAGAGGAGGAAACGUAUAUUUGUCUAACCACUCCCAGUGGCUACAAACAGUAUCCAGUAACCCCGAUGCUAUUCUUCUUAAGUUUGUUCCCAUCACUUCUCUUCUUACUGGCGUUCCUGGCAGUGGAUAUCUCAGCCAUGCAAUCAAUCUGUAUCUUCGCUACAAACCGGACCUCGAGGAUUUACAAUAUUUCUUGGAGUUCCAAGUCCCUCUUCAGUGGGCACCAAUGUUCAAUGAGCUGGCUCUUGGACCGCAGAAAAGAAAAGCCUCCUACCCCACUUUGCAGUUCAGAUUUUUGGGGCCUAAACUUCACGUUAGCACUACUCAGGUAUCUAGCAGUCAGAAACCUGUUGUCGGUCUCCGCUUAUACCUGGAGGGCAGGAAGUGCAACCGGCUAGCGAUCCACGUGCAGCAUCUCUCGAGCAUCCCGAGUAUGCUGAGUUCCACUCUUUCGUCUAGCAUGUCUCAGUGGCAAGGAUCGGAAGAGUCUGACUCGAAUUACUUUGAGCCCGUACAGUGGACAAGGUACUCUUGCAUCUGCACUUCUGUUGUAAAGCAUAACACCGAAUGGCUUCAGAGGUUCCCAGACAGCGUGUUUGUUGUGACGGGGGCUCAGCUUGUCGCCAAAGGGAAUUGGGCGAAGAAGGUGCUUCACCUUCGUCUCCUUUAUACCCACAUUCCCAACUGUACCAUCCGAAAAACGGAGUGGGCCCGAGCCCCUGCUGCCUCCCAGAAAGGGAGCUUUCUCACAAACCUAAGCACAACAUUCAGCUCCCCUUUCACACAGCGCGACGCCCCUCCUCGGAAGCAUGAGCCUGCUCAGCUCAACUCUGGGGUUUACCCUGACGGCCCUCCCGUCCCGGUGCAGUCUAGGAAGCUUCUAAAGUUUGUGGAUAUGGCGGAGGUGGUGCGGGGCCCGCAUGACGUGCCAGGGCAUUGGCUUGUGACGGCCGCUAAGCUCGCCAAAGAAGGGGGUAAGAUUGGUUUGCAUGUAAAAUUCGCUCUGCUGAAUUAUUCAGCGGAGGGCGAGCCGAUCGGCUGAUGUACAUACAUAUAUUGGAGGCUUGGUUUGUCUUUGUAGAUCUCAGGGUUUUGAGGGCAUUGUUUAGGAUAAGGGAAAGAUCUGAGAGUCCUAUUAUUGAUUUAUUGAGUGAUUAUACUCUUGUAUAGAGAUUGGUAAUAAACUGAAUGGGAAACCAGCGUAAGUGCUUAAUCGAUGCUCCGACAAAGAAAGCAGUUUGUAUAAUGUC